ACGGGUGGAGAGUAAUUUCAGCGCGGUGGCGCUGCUGGGAGGAAAGUUUUCCCGGGCGGGAUUGGGAAUACCGAAGGAGGAAGGAGGAAGCAGGGAGGAGAUCCAGCUUUGGGAGAUAUUUUGGUGUUUGUUUAGCGCCUCGGCUUGUGUCUGGAAGCCGGCGGAGGGCUGCUGUGUGCCGUGCGGGUCUCUCUCUCUCUCUCUCUCUCUCUCGGUGGAGAUGGGGAAGGAGCAGGAGCUGCUAGAGGCGGCGCGCACGGGAAAUCUGGCCGCCGUAGAGAAGCUCCUAGGCGGGAAGCGGCAGUCCGCUGGAGCCGCUGGAGCUGGAGGAGGAUCCGGAAACGCUGGAGGUGGAAGCGGCCAUGGGUCAUCCUCGCACCCGCUCUCCAGCCUUCUCAGUAUCUGGAGGGUUCCUAAUGUGAACUGUGUGGACAGUAAUGGAUACACUCCUCUACAUCACGCUGCUCUGAAUGGACACAGUGAGGUGGUGGAGCUGCUGUUGAGGAACGAAGCUUCAACUAACGUAGCUGACAGUAAGGGCUGUUAUCCGCUGCACCUGGCCGCGUGGAAGGGUGACCAGCGCAUCGUCCGGCUGCUCGUUCACCAGGGUCCAUCACACCCUAAACUCAAUGAACAGACUUCUCUCGACCUCAGAGAGUUCAAACGCUGUGGCCCAUUUGACCCAUAUAUUAAUGCCAAGAACAAUGAUAACGAGACUCCGCUGCACUGCGCCGCUCAGUACGGUCACUCCGAGGUGGUGCGGCUGCUAUUAGAGGAGCUGACUGACCCCACCAUGAGGAAUAACCGGUUUGAGACUCCACUGGAUCUGGCUGCUUUGUAUGGCCGGCUGGAGGUGGUGAAGCUGCUGCUGUGCGCUCACCCCAACCUGCUCAGCUGUAACACUCGCAAACACACACCGCUGCACCUGGCCUCACGAAACGGCCACCUGCUCGUGGUGGAGGUUCUGCUGAAUGCUGGCAUGGACAUCAACUACCAGACGGAGAAGGGCAGUGCUCUCCAUGAAGCUGCUCUGUUUGGAAAGACUGAUGUCGUCCAGAAACUGCUCAGUGCAGGUAUCAGUGUGAACAUUGUGGACAGUAAGAAUCUGACUGCGCUGGACAUCGUUAGAGAAAUGCCCUCCCAGAAAAGCAGACAAAUCGCAGCUCUCAUACAGGCCCAUAUGAGCGGUCAUCCUCCUGACCAGGCCCUGCCCCCUCCUCCACCACCCCCACCCCAGGAAAAGCUCAGCCCCCGGAGAAAAGGAGACAUGGAGCAGCAGGUAAACGAUCUGAUGUCUGGGAUGGAGGAGAGUCCAUACGAAGCUCUGUUUGAAGCCUCCUCCUGCCACUCCCUGGACAGUCUGACCAGUGGGAGAUCAUCUGACCGCGACUCCGGGCGGCCAGACAGCGACGCAGGCAGGUCUUUUCCUAAAGACCGUGCUCCUCCUCUUCCCUCUCAGCUCGGACCAGGACAGGAGGAAGAGCUCAGUUCUGAGGCUGUGUAUACCAGUAGUAGUGUGGAUGAACGGUUGGAGGAAGAGGAUGAUGAUCACCCGUAUGAAACCCUGCACAUGGCACGCACUAAACACCCCGCCACCGACACACACACCCAGACAGAUAAAGACGUCUCUGCCAAGUCUUCCAACAGUCUCCUACCUCAGCAACAGAAGCCCACCGCACCCACUGACCUUCGACCUCCAGGCUCAAACACACACUCGCUGAAGCCCCCCGGACCUCCUUCAGGCACUGGCCGACCAUCCGGAGAGAAUUCCGCGGAUCUGAGCGCAAGCGUUCCAGAGCAGUUCACCGGACUACUCCACGGAUCUUCUCCUGUGGUGGACAGCCGUGGAGGGGAAGAAGCGUUCCGGCUGAAGUCUAGCCAAAGCUCCGGCACUUUGACCUCUGUGACCUCUUCUGCUCCCCCUCCCACAUCCUCCGUCGCCAUGGCAGCCAUCCUCACUGAUCCCGACCCCAAAGCGAUCUACGCCACCGUAAACAAAGAGCCACGGGACUCUCCCUCCCGAGCGUCACCGUCUGCCGGGCGGAUGCGUCCGGGCGACCUGAAGCUGGCCCGUAGCCUGUCCAAAUCCGACUCUGACCUGCUAGUGUCUCCACCCAGCGAGGAGGAGGCGGGACUAGGUGGUCGUAGUGAAUCAGUGUCCAACUGCAGCGCCGCCAAAAGGAGGCUGGAGAAAUCUCCGUCCUUCACAUCGGAAUGGGAUGAGAGAAAGACCCGUAACUCCAUCGGUCCCCGGAGACCCCAGUCUGCUCACAGCAUUGAGAAGAUCAUGACGUUAAUAGGAGCUGGCAUCGACUUCUCCAAAGACCAGGAGAGCAGUGCGUCAGCAGGUGGAGUCAGCCGGCUGUUGGACCAGCCAGUGGGCGACUGGCUGGAGCACGUGGGCCUGCCGCAGUACGAGAGCAAACUGCUACUGAACGGCUUCGAUGACCUUCGCUUCAUGGGCAGUAAUGUGAUGGAGGAGCAGGAUCUGAGGGAGAUCGGGAUUACGGAUGCGUCCCACAGGAGGAAACUACUCAGCGCUGCUCGUACUCUACCAAAGGUAAAAGCUCUGGGCUGUGACGGCAGUACAUCUCUCUCUUCGUGGCUCGACUCAUUGGGUCUGACUGAGUAUUUGCACAACUUCCUCACCAGUGGAUACCGCACACUGGAGUGUGUGAAGAACCUGUGGGAGCUGGAGAUCGUCAACGUGCUGAAGAUCACUCUGCUGGGUCACAGGAAGAGGAUCAUUGCGUCGUUAGCUGAGCGGCCAUAUGAGGAGCCUCCAGUGAAGCCCCCGCGUCUCUCUCAGAUCAGAUGUCCUGAGCUGAUGUCCCAGUCGUCCUCGCCCCUAAGUCACUCUGAGCUCUACACUCACCGCUCCAUGGACCCUCUACUACCUGCAGGGGAUUCUGGGAGGAGAAAAGGUGGAGACUCAGAGUAUGACCUGUCAAUCAAACCUAGACCACAGGAGAAGUAUGAAGAUCGUCCUCCUGAGUCACGGCUGACCUUACGCCCCCCCAGCCUGGCAGCCCCCUACGCCCCUGUUCAGAACUGGCACCACCAGCCCGAAAAACUCAUCUUCGAGUCCUGCGGCUAUGAGGCAAACUAUUUGGGCUCUAUGCUGAUCAAAGAUUUGAGAGGAACCGAGUCAACGCAGGACGCCUGUGCUAAGAUGAGAAGAUCUACAGAGCAGAUGAGAAAAGUUCCCACCAUCGUUCUCUCCAUCACGUAUAAAGGGGUGAAAUUCAUUGAUGCUGCCAAUAAGAACAUCAUUGCGGAACAUGAGAUCAGAAACAUUUCUUGUGCGGCUCAAGAUCCAGAGGACCUGUGCACUUUCGCCUACAUUACUAAAGACCUGCAGACCAGUCACCAUUACUGCCAUGUGUUCAGUACUGUGGACGUGAAUCUGACCUAUGAGAUCAUCCUGACAUUGGGCCAGGCAUUUGAAGUAGCCUAUCAGCUUGCUCUGCAGGCUCAGAGGAACAAGCAGCAGCAGGGCUCUGUGGGGUCAGAGGUCAUUGACACCAAGAGCAGCAGACCGGUUCCUAAACCGCGCGGGAGUGUCCGCAAAUCAGGAGUGGACUCCGUAAAUGUGGAUGAAACUCCGUCUCAGAGCGGCGCCGCCUGGCUGCUGGACCCCAAAGACCCCAAACGCACCGUCAGCACCAAGUAUGAGACCACCAUCUUCUGAACAUCCCCCAAACUCUCUCUCACUCCCUCUAUUCCCUGAUUUUCCUGAGUGCCUUCACUCUCCCGACUGUGAGCGGAACUCUCUCCUCUUUCUUCCUGAACCGGAUCCGCUGUCUUCUUCUUCACCUGCUCAGAGAAUUCCCUAAAUGCACACAUGAGACUGCUCUCUCCUCAUCCUUGCUCUCCUCCUUACUUUUUCUUUAUUUUCUUUCUUGCUGAUCAUCCAGCUUUCUGGCACCCCCCUUGCUGUAGGGUAGAUCACGCUCUUCUUUGCACACUCUGAUCUGCUCUGUCGUUUCUAAAUGUGUAAAUGCACAGAUCGUACAGUACGUUAGUCAGCACAUUCCUUAUUUCACUCUGCUUGGUCUGAAAACGAAGGAUGCAAAAAUGCUGUCAACUCACUGAGUAAUAUCCCAAAUUCAACCCUUGUCGUCCACCUCAACAGGUGGCCUUUUUUUGCACCUGAGUCCAUUAUUUGCUAAUUUAUAGGAUGUGUAUAGGUGUAGUUUCCACUGGGUGUUUGGAGAAGGAUCAUUUCUCAAUGUCCUUGCAUAAAACCCCUUACAAUACCCGAGACACUACCCGAGGAUGCUCGGAAGGCGAAACGUUGCCAGGAAAUAAAGUGACUUCUAGAAUACAACCAACAAAGCUGAAGGUUUUUGUGAUGCUUUAGUUUUCGCCUCUGUUUAGACUUGGCAUUAACAUGCAUUGUGGGUGAUCUGGUCAUAAGUAGACAGUGCUACGUACAGGUUCAAACAGGGUACAAUCAAUCAGACUACCUAAGCAGUCCCAAUUUCUGGUGGGAAUGCUAAAGUGCCCUGAUGUAUCCUCGACAGCAUUAGAGAUGAAAGCAGCUGCUUCUCCUCUACUGUGUGUUUACAUGUCUAAUACACCAAGCGUCUGUCAUGAUAUCCAAUUACUGGAGAUGCUUUAGAGAAACAGCUGUAUGUCUCAUUAGGGCUGAAAGAUUAAUCACUUUUAAAUCAGUGACACCAUUGCAAAGAAAGCAGUUCUCAAAUCACAAGAGCUGUAAUUUUAAAUAUAACUUGUAUUGUCAACAACACUGACUGAAGUUUAAAGUGGAGAAAUUUAACCUGAUAACACUAGAUGAGUCAGACUAAUCAGAAGCAAAUUGUCCAUGUGCUGUGAUAUCACAACCACAACUAGCUUUCAGUUCAAGCCUCAAGCCAGAAUAAGUGGAUAUAGGCCAGAAUAACAAUCAUGUACCUUAAUUUAUCAGAAAAUAAUCACAAUUUAAAUUACAGUCACAAUAUAGAAAUAUUGCAAAGAUUUUUUCCCUAAUAGUUCAGCCCUGCGUCUCGCUGUCCACUUAAGAUCAGAUCAGUCAAGCUGGAAAUAUGAACAGUGCUUGGAGAGAAGCUCUAAUUAUCUACACUGUGUGUGUGCAUGGCUGCUACUGCACAAAACAUUCACAGCAUCGCCAGUAAAGCAAAAUGUUUGUUUUUACACUGUUGAGUGAUUAAUUUUCAGAGAAGAUUUUGCACAUGAUUCAGAAAAGAAGGAGCUGCUUAUGCUGAGAACAUCUUGGCAUGGGCUUUCAUAGCAUGUUUGAAUGCAGUAAAAUAGUGUUUAAUGGCUGAAUAUGUGAAUCAUGCAAUGUUACUUGUAUAAAGGUAUCCCAAUAUCCUGAUAAUGGCUGAUUACCACAGAGACUGAUGAAUUAUCUCAGAUUUGUAAGUGCAAAGAUCCUUAUGUUUAGACUACAACACGGCUGUGAUGCCGUUAAUACUGUUAAUACAUCUGCACAUGUACAUAUAUUUGGAACUGCAGGAAAGAACAAACUAAAUUAUCAGAUUAAAAUGAUGUUUAAUAAGCAUUAAUGAUGAAAUCCAGACAGAUCAGUGUUGAUGUGACUCAGGUGCAGGAAAGCUUCACCUGUGCAGGUGAUCUACAGCUUUGCAUAUGUGGCCCUUUCCCUCCUUUGUCUGCUUCCUGCCCCUCCAAACACACCUGACUCUCAAACCAGAGCCUCGUCCACCAUCCCUCCAUCCCUGCCAUUCUUUUUUUUUUUUUUUCUUAAAACUGACCUCUCUAAUAGUGAUGCAAUCUUUUUUUGUCCCUUUUUCGGUGCUCCUCCCAUCGGUAGCAGGCGUCGGCCACAAUGAGACACUGUUGUCCCUCCUCAUCGUCAGAAGUGAACGUUAAUAAAUUGUGGGAAACUAAAGAAAAGACUCACCAAGUAUAAA